UACAUCGUCAAUAUUUCAUUUAAAGUUGUAUAUGAAAUGUUGGCUGUGUCUCCUCGACAAUGGCCCCUUCGGGUAUCCUAAUUAGUGGUAAUUUCGGCUGAUAUCUAACUAAACCUGUUGUUUACAUGGGGGGGUGGCCCUGCGGUUUACCGCACCGGGCAAUCAUCCGGGCGCCCCUUAACAAACUGUCCAAUCACAAGACGGCUACUUAGUCCUUAGAUAAAGUACACUAGGAUGAAAGUCGCAGAAAAGUUAUUAGUCAUUCCCAAGUUUGCGAGACGGUUUUGAAGUUCAACCUUUUUGGCAACGCGUUUUUGCGCUCGUUAACAAAUGUUACUUUUAGUCCGCGUUCGAUUUUUGUCAUACUGGAGAGUAUGACUUCCCAAAUUGACUCAAAAUAUGUGUUUCCAGAGGAUGUACGUCCACAACCACUGAAUAAUUUUACAACACAGGAGACCUGCUUGCCUUUCAGCGUGGAAGCGCUUAUUUCAGACAAGAGCCCACGUAUACGACCGGGAAAUGUUGACACAACGAGGAAAGGUUGUUAUUCGACUAAAAUACGGUCUCCUGCCUCAAACGAGUUACCACAACGCGUUGUGCGAGACGCUCCAGUCAAAUCUCAGUCGUUGGAAAGGGGAGACUGCACGCCUUGGAUGACCCGCUCGGAGAUCCCUACACCGCCCCGGCAGCUCAGUCCAACAGUGUGUUCUUUGAGAAAACACAAGACCAACCGGAAGCCUCGCACUCCCUUCACCACCUCCCAGCUCCUGGCCCUGGAGAGGAAGUUCCGCCAGAAGCAGUACCUGUCCAUCACCGAGCGGGCCGAGUUCUCCUCCGUGCUGACCUUAUCCGAGACCCAGGUGAAGAUCUGGUUCCAGAACCGCAGAGCCAAAGCCAAGCGACUCCAGGAGGCAGAGGUGGAGAAGCUGAAGAUGGCCGCCUGUGUAGGGGGAAAAGCCGUGUUCCCGAGCUCAUGCUACUCGUCUUCCUCUGCUCCUUUCCCUUUCCGCGUUCCCCCGCAGCUGGGGUCAUCUCUGCUGUAUGGACACAGCUUUUCAUACGCACGCACUCCCAUCAUGCCCGCUGCCGCCGCCGCCGCACAUCUGGCCAUGUUCAGAGCCCCGUUGGGAUUCAACCUGUUCCACCUCUCCUGAGACGAGGGGACACACGUGGGGGGUCUGGUGCCUGAACCAGGACCCAGCCGUGAGGACUAGCAAUAUGCUCAUUGGAUAUAGGGAUAUUAUGGAAUUAUGCACCUUAGUAGAGAUUCUAUUGGCCUCAUCACUUUAUCCAAAGAGGACCCGUAGGUGGAUUUGAAUCUGCAUGUACAUGACCUGUCUUUUUCUAUGUUUGUUUUAUUAUAAAACUAUACACAGUUCAAUUCACAACCUCUGGGUUCCUCCAGGUUGGAUUGAAGGACUAUGAAACCCGGCCAGCAGCAAUGAGAUUCUCUUCCUGUACAGAAGAGUUUUGCAGCCAUGGGAACUACGGUAAUGGAGUUCAAAUUGAUUUUGGGCCCCUGUAUUUGAUAAUUUCAUUCAAUGCCAGAUUAAGUUUAUACAGCCUUAAUCCUCUGCUGUUUAAUGUACAAUGCAGUCCUAGCUAGGGUGCAGUACGGUGGGCCUCUUCCAUACAUUUGUUUACUGUUACUUAGUGGAAAGACUAUGUUUUCAUAAAGUCCCCUAAAUCAUGAACUUCGAUUACUAAAUAUACUGUGGCUUGUCAAAUGUAGGUAUGCAAUUUAUUAUUCCAAAAUUAAAUCUAAAAGCCAUACAUAUUUUUUUUCUUUGAAAACGCAAUCAAGCAAGUGGGUCUUGCUUUACUUUUUAUUGUUCUUAAUUUUGGAAAAUGUAGUUGGAGAAAAACAUUCCUGUUGAUUCAUGUUGGCUUAAAAUGUCAGCCGGUCAAUGAUUACAAUCCCCUCUGAUAAAGUAACAACACUUGAACAAUAUUAAACCAGCCAGUACAAAGAAAAGAAUAUUAGUAAAUAAAUUAUUAAAUCAUAUAUUAAAGCAAAUCUGGUGAAUUUAUGCAGACUUGAGGUUUUACGUCUUUGACCUCUGGAGUCCUGAGGGGGUGCAGGCCAGCCACGGGCUUGCAGGUCUUAAUGCUGCGGUCAAUUGCAGAAAUGAAAGGAUCCA